AUGAUGCCGGGACAGAUUCCGGACCCUUCGCUGGCGGCGGGCUCCCUGCCCUGCCUGGGCCCGCUGGCGGGCAUCUCAGCCACCACGCUCACCGACCAGCUGAAACUGGCCGACUUCCACCAGCUGGGCGCCAUGUUCUCGCCGCUGCACUUCCUGGGCAGGCUGGGAAAGAGGACGCUGAGCAUCAAGACAGAGAUGGAUGAAGACGAAGAGCGGAGGAAACGACGGCGAGAGAAAAACAAAGUAGCGGCGGCGCGAUGCCGGAACAAGAAGAAGGAACGAACGGACUUCCUUCAAAGGGAAUCGGAACGUCUGGAGAUGGUCAACUCGGAUCUGAAGGCUCAGAUCGAGGAGCUCCGGCUCGAGCGGCAGCAGCUGAUGGUGAUGCUCAACCUGCACCGGCCCACCUGCAUCGUGCGCACCGACAGCGUCAAAACCCCCGAAAGGGAGGCCGACCCCCUGCUGGAGCAACUGUCCACCGACGCCAAGUGAAGGGGGGAGGGCGGGGACGCAGAGGGAACCCCCCCCCCCGGGCGUAUGUCACACGUGCCAAUAUCACAUUUCCAAGUAAGCACUUGAGCUCCAAGCUGGCCACAUUUAGGGACUGGACACACAGACGUGCAGUUGUGUGCAAACAGGAGGCGGCUGUGUCCGCGGCAGACCGGAAAGAGCUCCGGAUUGGUUGCCGUGCCGGUGACACCCGCCGUGCCUCGUCACCGACGUGCCGGCUCCGCAUAUGAAAGGAAACGGCAGCCGGGAAAAAAGAAAAAAAAAGGGACCAAUGGACACUGGUGGGGAAAAAGCCUCAAAGAACGCUCAGUGCUCUGGCGGAGCGCCGUGGCCACUUUUGCUUGACUUCUGGCGUACCAUACUCGGUGCAAGUGCACCACCAUUUAUUUUGUAUACAUCCUUUGGAUUUUAUAAUAUUUUGCAUUAGCUGCCCGCAAACGACGGCGGCAGUUACCGGUUGAGCCGACGCGUGAUGACGCUGGCGUCAUGGAAUAGCACAUAAGGAAAAAAUAGAAAAAAAUGUUUACACUCAUUUAUUGUACUUGUUUUCUACGCCCCGAAAUCCCCGGCGAUCACUUGAUGUGAUUCUUCAACCUACAGCGUUUUGUUGAUGAGCAGUAUUUCAAUGUCUGGACAUGUACGACUCUGUUACCCCGUGUAGAUUAAAAUCUAUUUUUGAAUUCA